GUCCUUUUAAAAUAUCUUGUAUUGAUCUUUAUCAAUCAGAGUUGAAUCGAUUUGUUAUGUUUGAGUGGUUACCUGUCGUUACAAUCACUUCCGGUUACACCUGAGGCAGACGACAGGAUGAGAAAAGUUGCAGUAGUUACGGGUGCGAACAGGGGCAUUGGUCUCGCCAUCGUACGCCAGCUAUGUAAAAAAUUCAGCGGUGACGUAUAUUUAACAAGCAGAAUGGCAGACAAUGGUAAAAAGGCUGUAGACAGAUUGAAACAGGAAGGUCUUAAUCCUAUAUUCCAUGAACUUGACGUCUCACAGCCAGACAGUAUUCGCAUGUUUGAGGAGUUCAUUACCCAACAAUACGGCGGAAUAGACAUACUUAUUAACAACGCUGGUAUCAGUUUUGGAAAGGAUAAAGUCCCAGUUUUUAGACAAGCACAACUGUGCUACGAAGUUGAUUUCAUGGGAACUUUAAACAUGUGUAAAAUAUUUCUUCCCCUGUUACGGCCGCAUGCCAGAAUUGUAAAUCUUACAAACAGUUACAUCGGAAAGAAAAGUGCACUCGGUGAACAUGCGCAGAAUAAAUUGGACGUUUCAACAAUGUCACUGUCAGAUUUGUGGCUAAUUAUGGACUUUUAUAUAAAAGCUGCAAAGACAGGAACGCAUGCAAAUGGUGGGUGGCCAGAAUCCCCUAAGCAAAUGACAAAAACUUUAAUAGUUGCAAUGACAAAAAUUUUAUCACGUGAUUUAAAAGGCGACCCAAGAAAAAAUAUACUCAUCAAUGCUUGUUGUCCGGGAUGGACUGACACCGAUGGUAGUGUGGAGUUUUUGGGUGGGGUCUGCCAGGAUACUGGCUUACAGACAGCCGACCAAGCCGCAUCCGGUGUCGUCUGGGUGGCAUCGAUACGACCAGGACAAAGUUCUCCAAACGGCGGAGUGGUACAAAAACAAGAAGUUAUAUCUUGCGACUUUUAGUGCAAAAGUGUCACACGGUAACUACACUAAAUGGAUUUAGCCAUAGUUUGCAGUUGUUAAGAAAUCGCACGAAAAGAUCGGUUAUGAUUAUUAAUGAGUAGUUAAAAAUUGUGUAAUAUAAUGAUAAGAAAGAGAACAUGUGUUAACGAAAAAAAAUGUGAACUUUAGAAACAUUUUAAGCCCAGGGUCACACGAUGUACGCUGCAGUUAUUUGUAUUGACCCAUUAACAGAACUUUAGUUUAAGCUAUCAUAGAUUAUUAUCAAGUGUACUACACUCUGUACGAAAUGAUUUAAUAGAAAACACUACGAAAACCAUGGUUUUCUUCUUUUUUUGUUUUAAAUAAGUGCACACAAUUAAAAUGUUAUGUUAAUUCCCCAAAAAAAUGUGAACCCGUCCACCAGACGUUUGGACAAUAGAUAUUGUAGAGAUAUGGAGGUAGAUUCAAUAUCAUUUUGUACAAAAUCACAAAGAAAGCCUUAACUAUAUCAGUUAAUUUGAUAGUUUACUUAUAUAAUUAAAUAGACUGAAAUAUUUA